AUAAAAUGAAACAAUGUGGGAGAGGAGAAUACUUCAUACUCCGUAUAAAAGAUAAUGGAAUGUAAAUAAACGGAUAAAACAGUGGUGGUGUAAAGUGUAAACUGAAGUCUUAAACCACUUCAGCAUUUCAGAUGGGCUUGGGACAUAUUAUAGUAAUACAGUAACACUAUAGAUCGGCCCAAAUCUAAAUCUACGGUAUGACUUUCAACGGACUUCCAAUUAGGGAGGAAGUAGUAGGAGAGGACAAUAAAUCCACAAACUGAAGCUGUACGAAACGCGCCACCCUUCUCGCGUGGGCCAACAUAUAAUGAACUUAACUCGAAAUAUCAACUUGCAACAGCACCGAAAUCUCAACCGUUAAUAACCACUCCGUUUCUAGAGGGAAAUAAUCCCAGCCGUCCAUAGCUUCGUGCUUGCCACGCUCUGUCCACUCGCGUCAAUCUUCUACCUCCUCUCCUCAUCGCUGCCCUUUGAUGCUCUGCCCAAUGGACUAUCCUAAAACCAGAUCAAAAAACAUGAUUGGUAAUUGCAGAUCUCGGGAUCUAACUGUGAAGCUGGAGUGUAUUGAUUGCAGGCGUUCUACGGAGAAAGAGGUUUGGAGUUGAAUGUGUUAUAAGCGAUGUCGGGUGGUGGUGUAAGUGGAGGACAAGAAGGGUUCAAAGAGAAGCUUGGAUUGGGAGACAAAGUGUACACAAGGAAGUCCAUCAAAGGGGUAAAGAAGACAUCCAAAAACAGUGGUAAUCCUACAGAAGAGCUUCACACUCAAGCCCAAGCUGCAGAAGAAGCUGAGUGGUCCCAACCUCUUGUUAAUUCCCUUCCUAUCGUGCCGCGGGAAGGUUCUUCAAGUCUGAAUCGGUCAUCCGCUGCGCCAUUGAGCAGUCGUGGAGUGGUUGCAGGUAGUGAAGGGGCAAAGCUGGGAUUGACUAUGCAGGAAAACAGGGUUACAAUUAGCAUAUCAUCAAUGAAGUCUAAACGAGAGAUGCGAGAGCUAAGGAGGAAGCUGCAGAGUGAGCUGGACGUGAUAAGGAGCUUGGUGAAGAAUAUAGAGUCAAAAGAUACACACAAGAAUGGCCCCAUAGGACCUUUGCACCAAUUGAGUGUGUCAGUGUUGGAGAACAGUGAUGGUGUAAAUGAUAACAUAGAUAAAGAUAAGAGGACGCCCAAGGCAAACCAAUUAUAUAGAAACUCAGAUUUUUUGCUUGCAAAAGAUAAGAUCCCACCUUCUGAAAGCAACAAGAAGGCAAAAACAAACACGAAAGCAGGGCAUGGUUUUGGGUCUGGAAAGCCAUCUAAUCAAGUGUACAAGAAUUGCUGUGCCUUACUGGAAAGGUUAAUGAAGCACAAGCAUGGUUGGGUAUUUAACCAGCCGGUUGAUACUGUUGGUCUUGGUUUACAUGACUAUUAUGACAUCAUCAAGCAACCAAUGGACCUUGGCACAGUGAAAUCCAGGCUGGACAGUAAUUGGUACAAAUCUCCUAGAGAAUUUGCAGAGGACGUUAGACUUACAUUCAGGAACGCUAUGACGUACAAUCCAAAGGGGCAAGAUGUUCAUGUAAUGGCUGAGCAGCUCUUGCAGAUAUUUGACAACAAAUGGGCUCCUAUUGAGGCGGAAGUGGGCCUACCGACUCCUACAUCCACUAGGAAGGCCCCUAAGUUACCAAACUCUGAAAUGAGAAAAUUAGCUGGCAGGCCUGAGCCCCUGACUGACUCGAAACCAAAGCUGAAAUCCACACAGCCUGGGAGAAUCGCUGCCCCUAAGAAGCCAAAGGCAAAGGAUCCCGAUAAAAGGGAUAUGACGUAUGAUGAGAAACAAAAACUUAGCAUGAACCUCCAAAGCUUGCCUUCUGAAAAGCUUGAAAGUGUAGUGCAAAUUAUAAGAAAGAGGAACUCCUCUCUCUGCCAACAAGAUGAUGAGAUUGAAGUAGAUAUUGACAGUGUUGAUAUAGAAACUCUUUGGGAGCUCGAUAGGUUUGUAACCAACUACAAAAAGAGCUUGAGCAAGAAUAAAAGAAAAGCUGAAAUGCCUGAUCCUGCAUCUCAACCAGUUCAAGAAGAUGAACAGCCUGUCAAAGAGAAGCAGAUAGAAGCUUCAGUGGCACUAGAAACUGCAAUGGAUGCUGUAAACAAAACUCAAAGUGAAGGAAACUCAGCAGAAAGAAAUGUCAUUUCUUCUGCUCCUGCUGAAGGGGAAAAUGUAGAGAACAAUGCAACUAAAUCUAGCAGCUCUAGCAUUGAUUCAGCAUCUUCAUCCAGUGGUUCUCAAAGUGAAAGCUCAUCAGAAGGUGGAUCUGAUGCAGAACAUUCGCCAAAGAUCCAGCAGUUGCAAUCAGUUUGAGGCUUUGAGCUUAACAUCUUCAACAUCCGGCAAAGCGUAUCUAAGACAGGGUGUUUGUGGUAAAUGCUGGCUAUUCCAUGGGGGUUUGUAUGAUUAAUAAUGUAAUGUUGUAUUUUACUAGGGCCAAUCUCAGCAUGUGUAAUUGUGUAGUAUGUAAGCUUUGUGCAUUUGCUAACAAAUAUUAUCACAGCAUAUCCAUAGAGAUGCUGUAUUUCUCGACGUGCAAGUCAGCAUUUGUAACGAUUUGUGUAAAUGAGUUAAACAUGAUUGUGGGCCCACGGUUGGUUUGGACCCGUUUAAGACCAUUUGCUUCAUUACGUUUGGCUAGACUGAAUAAGGAUAACAAAGAUCUUCAUGAGAACUAUCGAUAGUCUUUUUUUGAUAGUGUUCCUGGGCUCUUGGCUGAGCACUCUUUAUAUGCUUAGAGAUCGACCAUUCAAUAUAUAAUAAAAAUGUUAUUGUUCC